AGGAGGAAAUCCCAACCACUUGUACUGCUGGAAUUCCAAGGUGCCUGGAUAACUCAGCUGGAUUUUGUGCUGGUUAUAGCAAGGAGAUGCAAGGGACACCUUUGUGAGGGUGUCAGGGCAAGGUGUGGAAGGAGCAGCUGGAUUUUGUCAAACAGCACUGCUUGUUCCUCUGUGUGACCGUGAGAGCUGCAGGCUGGAGGGCACGCAUCUGUUCCAAGGAACAGGCUGACAUGCAGCUGUGCACUCGGGUUGGAAUGGAUUUGGCCAAGUUAAACUUGCUAAGAAAACAAAACUGUUGUUUAAAAUAAAUUGCACGUCGAACAAAUAGAUGUGAGUUGCUUAUCAUGCAUUUCUGUACUCGUGCAUCCAGCAAAUGUGGGCUCCCAGCACCUGGCCUUUCACCAAGGCCUGUUCCCAGUGCUGUCUUGGGCAGCUUCUUCAGUCUGGAGGCAAGCUACUUGAACUUGGUAUUUGAGGAAAAACAAGUGCAGUUGGCCUACUUUGUGUAGAAGAUGCUGAUUUAGGGAGAGUUUUAUUAAAUUGUUUUUUAUUUAUAUUAUACUUUAUUUUAUUAAUUGUUUAUUAAAUGUUUUCUCAUACAUUUGAGUCCAUUGAAAAGUUUUAAUUCUUGGCAGGAAUAAAAUGGAAGGGAUACUUGCAGUGGUUCUGCAGCUAGACUUGGCUUUUGGUUUUCAGUCUGUGCUAAAUGCUGCAGAUGUGACAAGGCUCAUCUCUGUGGGUUGUCCUCAGGCUGUUAAUUGUCCAAUUAGCAUUUGUAGAAAAACUUUACUUUCAGGAUUCAGAACCUGACCUUCAGUGGAACCCAAGGUGUGUGGAAGGCACCUUCCAGCAGUGAGGAUCCUGGGUAGCCUCACUCCUCUGUGCUUACUGAGGUGUUCCGUGGGUUUGGCUCUUCAACAUGAGAGCCCUAAAUGGGUUGGUGCUCUUGGUAGCCCAGUGUUAUGUAUAUAGAAGCAAGAACUCUGUCUAGCUUGCCUGGAAUUCAGGGAGCAUUGUGUGGCAGCUGCCUUGAUCCCACCAGGGGUUCCCAAGAGCUGUGCUAAGUGAUGCACAGCUUGUAAGGGAAAUCAGGAAGGAAAUGGCAAGUUCUCUGGGUUGGCUGAGAUCCCACCUGUGUCACUGUGCCCCGUGCAGGUGCUGCAGGCACUGAUCCAUGAGGACCUGCUGGGCUCAUGCUGCUAAUUAAUGCCACUGGGCUCUGGCUUUGCAAGGAGAAAUCAGCAGGGUCUAAUUAGUCCUUAUGCAAUCAGCACUGCUCAUCCUCUGAGCGUGCUGCUAAUGCUGGGUAAACCUCACAACCUCUUCUUAAUGAGGUCAGCAUCUCUCUCUCUCACAGCUGGGGAGAGGCAGAGACCCUUGCAGAGGUGUCUUCAAUCCAUGAGAAUGGAAUGGAACACACGACUGAGCAUCAGCAAUGCUGGCAUUGCUGCCCAGAGAGCUGUGGGUGCCCCAUCCCUGGAGAUCACUUUCUACGAAGGGAAAUGCUUCUCAGGCAGGAAGCUGGAGGUGUGCAGCACCUGCAGCAGCUUCCAGCAGCGAGGUUUCCCCAACCGUGUCAACUCCAUCCGCGUGCAGAGCGGGGCCUGGGUCUGCUUUGACCACCCUGAGCUGCACGGGCAGCAGUUUGUGCUGGAGCACGGCGAGUACCCGCACUGGCAGCGCUGGAACGGCCGCGGCGACCGCAUGGGCUCCUGCAGACCUGUGGGCAUGCACGGGCAGCACUACCGCAUCCAGCUGUUUGAAGGGAGCUGCUUUGGAGGCCGCAGCAUGGAGCUCACUGAGGACUGCUCUUGUCUGCAGGGCCGGGGCUGGGAGCAGCCCCACGUCAACGCCGUCAGGGUGUACGGUGAUGGCGCGUGGGUGCUUUACGAGGAGCCCAACUAUCGCGGCCGCAUGUAUGUGGUGGAGCGGGGCGAGUUCAGCAACUUCCGAGCAUGGCAGGGCUUCAGUGCAAACGUCCAGUCCGUCCGGAGGGUCAUCAACUACUUCUAGCUGGGACCAGCCCAUCGGAGCUGGGCUGCUGGGCUGCUGGGCUG